AAGUUCAGCUUCCUGAACUGCGGGGUGCUUGGCGGGCGGUCGCUGCAAGCCGGUGGUAGGCCGCAGAAGUCUUGAGUUCAGGCGUCUCGACUCCCGUGUGGCUGUCGCGAUGUUUUUCUCCCAGGCCGGGGCCCGGCCGCGGAUGUGGGAAGCCAGCCAGUCAGAACACAAGAAGUGGGUGGAAGUAUUUAAAGCAUGCGAUGAAGAAAACAAAGGCUAUCUAAGCAGAGAGGACUUUAAAGUUGCUGUUGUAAUGCUGUUUGGAUACAAGCCCUCCAAGAUAGAAGCUGAUUCUGCGAUGUCCUCAGUAGAUCCACACACUUCCGGGAUAUUACUUAAGGAGUUUUUAGACAUUGUAAGGAAAAAGAAGGAAGCUCAGCUAUAUCGGAAUGAAAUAAGACACAUCUUCACAGCUUUUGACAGGCACUAUCGUGGAUAUUUAACUCUGGAAGAUUUUGAAAAAGCAUUUAAGCAGGUGGCUCCCAAGUUAUCGGAAAGGGUGAUUCUCGAGGUAUUCAGGGAAGUAGAUCAAGACUCAGAUGGUCACGUCAGCUUUAAAGACUUCGAAUAUGCCAUGAACUAUGGACAAAACCUCCCUGAUCCUCAGCAGUUCCUAGUGUCCGGAACUGCCAGUGGUACCAGUUUCCUUCACGCGUCCAGCUUUGGUUGAACAAAUAAUAGCACAUACAUGCAACUGAGUGUUGACUGCGUUCCAAGCAAUGAGCAAGGCUUUUGGAAAACAAAGUUAAGACUUCUCUAAGGCGGUGUAUCCUUAGUAGUCAACAAAAAUCAUCAUCGCAAAAAUGGCCCUAGGGCGCUGGGUGUGCAAGAUGGAAAAACCAGAUUGAGCUGACAUUAGUGUAAGUCUUCUCCAGCUGCAUACAGAGGAAGAACAGGGUGCAGUAAGGAUAUCGGAGGCAAAAGACUUAACUGCAGAACCCAUUAGAAUGGCCUGGGCCUGGGGUUCCUGCAGCAGAACAACAAGCCCUGGGCUGCCCGGCCGCCCUCUGCUGUACCCUCCCUGGUUCUGGGCGGCUCUGCCCUGCAACAAGAGCCUUAGCCAUCUGUGUUCCUGUCCUCCGUUUUCUGCCCGUCCAUACCUGGGAUCCAGGGACUGCUGUCCUAGAACAAAAACUGUGACCCUGGACAGUCAGCACUUAUUCUAAAUAAAUACUCAUAUCAAUACUAAUAUUUUAUCUGUAAAUGUUCAGAAUGCUAAACAUUAACAACACUGUGAAAACAUCUAAUAUAAUUCAAAUUUUAAAAGUAUUAAAGGUCAAGGAAAUAUGUACAUUUGUCAAAGAGAAACAUUAAAUAAGCAUCCUUCUGACACAGAGUAUUAGCAGAUAAACUUAAUAAGCUGUCAUAAAUCAGAGGAGCCUAAAGAGACAUAACAGCUAAAUGUAAUUUGGUGUUCUGGAGGGGAUCCUGGAAUAGAAGAAAGGACAUUAGGUAAACACUAGUAAGGUAUUGACUUCAGUUCAUAAUGCUAUAUCAAUAUUGGUUCAUUAAUUGUGACAAAGGUACCGUAUUCAUAGAAAAUGUUCAUCAUAGGGGAAAGUGAGUGAGUACAUGGGAACUCUCUGUUCUAGCUUCACAAUCUUUCUAUAAACCUAAAACUAUUCCA